GGGCGGGGGCUGGAGAGGCGCAAGCGCACUGCGUUGGGAGUCUCGGGACCCUUCUCCGAGAGACUAUGGCGCUCAACAAGAAUCACUCGGAGGGCGGCGGAGUGAUCGUCAACAACACAGAGAGCAUCCUGAUGUCUUACGAUCAUGUGGAACUUACAUUCAGUGACAUGAAGAACGUGCCCGAGGCCUUCAAAGGGACCAAGAAAGGCACCGUCUACCUUACCCCUUACCGGGUCAUCUUUCUGUCCAAAGGAAAGGAUGCCAUGCAGUCCUUCAUGAUGCCGUUUUAUCUGAUGAAGGACUGCGAGAUCAAGCAGCCUGUGUUUGGUGCGAACUACAUCAAGGGAACGGUGAAGGCAGAAGCUGGAGGUGGCUGGGAAGGCUCUGCGCCGUACAAGUUGACCUUCAUGGCAGGGGGCGCCAUCGAGUUUGGACAGCGGAUGCUGCAGGUGGCGUCUCAAGCCUCCCGAGGUGAAGCCCCCAAUGGAGCCUAUGGGUAUUCUUACAUGCCCAGCGGGGCCUAUGUCUUUCCCCCGCCAGUCGCCAAUGGAAUGUACCCCUGCCCUCCUGGCUACCCCUAUCCACCGCCCCCACCUGAGUUCUAUCCGGGACCCCCCAUGAUGGACGGGGCCAUGGGAUAUAUGCAGCCCCCACCACCGCCCUACCCUGGGCCCAUGGAACCUCCGGUCAGCGGCCCCGAUGUCCCCUCUACUCCUGCAGCUGAAGCCAAGGCUGCGGAAGCGGCUGCCAGCGCCUAUUACAACCCGGGCAACCCACACAACGUGUACAUGCCCACGAACCAGCCUCCACCACCUCCCUACUACCCCCCGGAAGAUAAGAAGACCCAGUAGACCCCUUCCACCCCUGCCUCCCACCCCUCGUCACUCUUCCCUUCCCUUCCCCUCCCCUUGGGGCUGAGACUGGGGUUUGGGGGGUGAUGGAAGGGCCUUGUUCUUCCUCAGCUCUGAUUAUAAACCACUUCCCAGGGACUGGUGUUGAGGGAAGGGGGCCCCCCCCCCCGACUCGGAGCCGCGCCUCCCAGCUUCCCAAGCUCGCUCAGAGCCCACGGCGCCGCUCGGUCGUGCUUCCCUGUCGCCGCCUCCGGGGCUCCGUGCGGGAGCGUCCACCUCGUUCCUGUCUUGCUCUAGUAGCUUCUCCCCACGGAGACUCUCUGGCCGCCUCCUGUGCCGCAGUCCAGCUCCCUCGUUUUGGAAUCCACUUUAUACUCAGCCUUGUGAACUCCCUCAGACCAGCUUCGCGUCUUCCUGGGGGCCCCCGCCAGGCCCCCCUCACAUUCCCUACACUCUGGUCUGUGCCUAACCGUGGAAACGGGACUGUCAGCCCACGUUCCAGCCCCGGUCACGCUCCUCUCCCCUCCCUGUCCGUCCUGGGUCAUCUGUCGCCACUGCUUUGUGACUUUUUGGAGCUUCAGUGUGAGCUUCCUGGGGAGGGGGGAGGGGGGAGGGGGUGGGCCGCAUCAGGACCCGGCCGCUGCGACGAGGAGGGAGCCCACUGCUUGUGGGAGUGUUCUUGGCAUUGGUUUCCCUUUGCCUUCUCUCUCUCCUCUCUAGAAGGGGCUUCUUGGACUGGAUGCAUGUGCUUCCCAUCAUGCUGUUCAGGGACCGCUGGUUGGGCUGGAACAAAGGCCCUGACCCCUGGGGCCUGGCCUGAGCCUGUGUGCUGACCGUGACCGCCCACCAGCCCCUCACCCUGCCCUCUUCCCUUUAAGCUUCAUGCCUAAUUGGUGAUAAGCCCCUGGAUGCACUAAAAUUUGCUCUCAUUUGCUUCUGGACUGGCCGUGAAGUGAGGAGAUGGUUAUUUAAAGAGAAUUCCCUAUUUAUUUGACAAAACGACAACCACCACCACCACCAGUUAAUAUAUUAAUGUGAAAUAAACCCUGUUUGCACCUUGAUUUGUUUGCUGAAAAUGUAAAAUAGUAAAAAUGAAGUGACUGGA